CUAUUUGUCACCUUGCAACACCUCAACAGUGCUCGAAGUUAAAACGGAACGCUAUUAGCAGUAUACUUUCAUGAUGUCAUAGCGUCAGUAUUCGCAGUAAAUAAAGGAACGCACCUAGAAGUCUGUGGUGUCGAAGAUGACGAUCGAACUAAUAGUUUUGAGAAAUUCGCGCUACGAUUCAGAGCUGGGUAAUCGUUUGAGUUAGGUUAGAUCACCAGUUUAUUAACUUCAAAUUUAGUUUACAAAUAAACUAAACGAUAUGUGGCGACCUAGCCAUAACAGUAAUACAGAUCGAAGAGAUACACACAAAAACAGCAGGCGUGAGAGUAACAAUGAUUCUCAUAGAUCGCAAAAGGACAGAGAUAGAAAUCAUAGAAUCAUUAGGCGUGAUCACUCUAGGAAAGACGACGAUAAAAGAAAACACGAAAGGUCACCGUUGAGAAGAGAUAACGGACGUUCCAGGCAUAGGGAACACAAUGAUCGAAGCAGAAGCAGAGACAGGAAUGACUCUGGAAGGAGACGCGACGAUAAGCAAAAAAGGAACUCAGAGGAAGUGAGAGAAAGGAGGGAACCUUCUCCUGAAUGGGGAAAACCAAGCAUAAAAAAUGAGUCCAGUUUAAAAUCCCAAGAGAAAGAGAAACCUAAUUUUGAGUUGUCAGGGAAAUUAACAGAAGAAGUUAAUACUUUCAAUGGUGUAGUCAUAAAGUACUCAGAACCACAAGAUGCGAGAAAACCAAAACGCAGAUGGAGGUUGUAUACCUUUAAAGGAGAGAAAGAGCUCCCCACAUUGUAUAUCCAUCGACAAUCAGCAUAUCUUAUGGGAAGAGAUCGUAAAGUAGCUGAUAUACCUUUGGACCAUCCAUCGUGUUCCAAGCAACAUGCUGCACUGCAAUAUCGUUUGGUCUCCUAUCAAAAAGAAGGUGGUCUCGAGAGUAGAAGAAUACGGCCGUAUCUUAUCGACUUGGACUCAGCAAAUGGCACAUUUGUAAAUAAUGUGAAAUUAGAACCGAGGAGGUAUCAUGAACUAUUGGAGCGAGAUGUGAUACGAUUUGGCUUUAGUUCAAGGGAAUAUGUUCUCUUGCAUGAGCAAAGUAAAGACGACGACUUGGAUGAUGAUGUUCCUCUCACUGCUGGUUAGAGAAUCUUUCAUAUAAAAGAUGCUUCAGCAUUGAGGUGGAUUUGUAUAUAAACUGAUCUAGAAGAAACCGAAUUAAUUGGUCGAGAACUCAAUGGAUAACAUAUAUUCUUCCACUGGUUCUCAUGAAAAAUAUGGUUAACAGAAGAUCUCUUAAAAUUUGUCAUUGUAGAUCCCUGAAGAAGAGUUACAUACUAUAAAUGUUAUAUAUUAGUAAAAUGUAAAAUAUAGAAACUCUUCUUCUCUGAAAUUUUAUAAAAUAGUUUUUACAAAAUAGUUGUUUCUUGAAAAGUGUCUAAAAGUUGACUAGUCACUUUUGACUAUCUAUUUUUAUUUUGUACUCUCUGCGAUAUUGUUUUAGUACUUCAAUUCGUCUCAUUACUUUCAAAAUAAUUUACUAUAUAUAUAUGUUAUAAAUAAAUAAAUAUAAAUAUAUAUAUAUAUAUAUAUAUAUAUAUAUAUAUAUGUAUGUAUGUAUAUACAGAGUACUCCAAACUCUUCUCCAUAAUUUUUGUGAGAACGUAGAACGAAUUGAAGUUUUGCGAUAUUCGCAAUAAUAAUCAAAAUAUUAAAUAAAAAAAAAUUGGUGAAUAAUCACGCGUGAUAUGAUAGAUGAACCAUAAUGGUGUUGUGUGCUUGUACAUUAAAUCAAAUUGAGCCUUUUAUCAUUUUGCAAAUAACUACCUAGAUUUUUAGAUAUUAAUGAAAGAAAAUUGUUCCAUGAUUAUGCGCGAUAAUGUAGAAAUCUUCUUUAAUUAACAUCUAAAAAUCUAUAUUGUUAUUUGCAAAAUGUUAUACAACUUUUUAGGUUGAGUUUGAUCUAAUAUGUAAGUAUAUAACGGCAGACGGUGCCAUUAGAACUCAUCUACUAUAUCGCGCGUGAUGAUUCAUCAAUCUUCUUUAAUUAAUUAAUAUUUCGGGAUUUAUUGUGAAUAUUGCAAAACGGUACGGAACUUUUAUGUUCACUUUUCUAUGUUCUAUGUAUCCACAAAAAUGAGGAGAGUGUGACAUCCUAUAUAUGUAUGUGUAUAUAUAUAAAUCCUAAAUAUAUAAUGUUCAAAAAUUUCCGAGCAAGAUAUGUCAAGAAUGAAAAAUUUUAGAGAAAAAUAAAUAAAAAAAUUGUUAGAUAUCAAACACAUUAGAUGGACAUAUUAGACUUUGGAUUCCAAAGAGAGAUGGAUUUUGAGUCUUCCAAAUCAAAGUUUCCUUGAAUUUUUUACUAAGAUAUUCUAUUAUUUAUUGCAUAUUAUAGGUGCUGUUAAGAUGUUUAUGAAAUAUUAAUUACAAACGCUUUUUCUAUGAGAACUUUCAGAAUUAUGAAUCUGAAAUAUUUAAAUACCAGCAGCAUUAACAUUACUCAAGAUGUACCAUGUAGAAGUUGUCUAGAAUCCAACCAAAUAACUUGUACAUAGUGUAUCUUGAAUAAUAUUAAUACAAAGUAAAAGAACUUUUAUGUUUUUAAUAAUAUUAAUGCUACUAGUACUUCAAUAUUUAACGUUUUUGUAGGCUUAUUCCGUAACUUUUAUUGACAGUGUCGUUAUCGUUACGUUAUCGUUGCGGUAGGUAUACUACAUAGUAGAAAAGCUGUGCAACGUGCCAUGCUAGUGACAUUGUCAUUAGGAAGUUACAAAAUAGGACUGCAAGGUACUUGUAUCAUCCAUUUCUUUUUAAUAACGUCAGAAGCGUGAAAACAUACUAAAAAUUCUUGAAAAAAAUGACAUUUGGAAUCCAUUAAGCACACCUAUAAAAUAUUUUGCACCUUUUUUUGCUCUAUCAAUAAAUAAUCAUAAA